CAAUCGUCGGUUUUGCCAACCAAACGUGCUUCACCUUCCAUCACCUGACGCUUCGAAACGCUUCUUACACUUUCCGAUUCUGGGCUCUGGAUUCAGGAUUCGGGAUUCAGGAUUCAGGACUCAGGAUUUGGGGGCUUGCCAGUGGGUUAGCGUAGGGAAUGCAACGCUGCAACUGAUUCGCGAGGGCUGAGAAGAGUCUGGCGGAGCCAGAAGGGCCAGAAGUUGGAUCCUGGUUGACACUCUGUGGAUGUAACGGAAUUCAGUGGCAUCGAGUGGAAUCCAGUGGAAAAGCACUGGCGAAGGCAACCUGCCAGCACAUCGAUACUAAGGGACAAAGGAUUAAGGAGCAAAAAAAAGAAAGAAAGAAGGAGGAAAGGGGCGUUCGAGGACUGUUGAAUUAGUGAGGAGCGAAGCAACAAAUACAAACAAACGGGCCAUUCAACAACCUCUCGACGUCGACGUAUCGAUUUUCCGUUACAUCGUUAUACACACACACUAACCCAGUUGGCACACGGCCAUUACGCAUACGCCCCGUAGCCACCCCCGAAAACGAAAGGAAAGAAAGGAAGAGCGUGCGGCAGUUCGACUCCAGCUGCCCCACAAAAGCCGAGAAGCCGAGCGGAGAGAGCCCGUCGGAUUUGUUGCAUCUCGGUGGCACUGGAGGCAUGUUUCAUUUGGCACUCGCCAGCCGCGGACGGACAAACAAUUUAGGGCUACGGCAAUAGCCGUUGUAGAUAGCACCACUCAUCAGCGGCAUCAGCAGCAUCAGAGAACGAGGCGGACGAAGCGAAAGCCACGAGAAGCGCUCUUGGCAACCCCGCGGGACAUCCUUCGCCUACAGAGUCACCCCCGAGAGCCGAGGGUCAACCCACCAGCAGGUGUUCAGCAUGGCGAGGCUCGAGCUGCAGUCGAUGCUCGUGGUGGCGGUGGUGCUGCAGGUGCUGCAGGUGCUGACCCAGGUGCCCCAGGUCUCGGGCCAGGGAACCCCGCAGGCGCAGGUCUGCCCCGAGCAGAGCGCCAUCGCGCCCUGCAUCUGCACGGUGAAGAAGAACGGACUGGACAUCCUGUGCGAGACCACGGACCUGGUCCACAUCACCAAGUCGAUGGGCACGCUCAAGGGCAAGAGCCCCAUCAUCUUCUACCUGAAGCUGCGCCACAACAACCUGCCCAAGCUGCAGGGCUUCGUCUUCCUGGCCCUGGACAUCCGCCACCUGACCAUCCACAACAGCAGCCUGGCGGCCAUCGAGGAGAACGCCUUGAGCUCACUGGGCCCUGGACUUACCCAGCUGGAUGUGUCGCUCAACCAAAUGAAGACGGUGCCCUCGCAGGCCCUGCAGCACCUGUUCCACCUGUUGAUCCUCAAUCUGAACCACAACAAAAUCACCUCGAUCCACAACAACGCCUUCGAGGGACUGGAGACCCUGGAGAUCCUCACGCUCUACGAGAACAAGAUCACGCAGAUCGAUCCCGAGGCAUUCCGAGGACUAGAGGACAAACUAAAACGCUUGAAUUUGGGUGGCAACGAUCUGAGCAGCGUUCCGCAAAAAGCUCUUUCCAUUUUGACCACUUUAAAGAAGUUGGAGAUCCAGGAGAACAAGAUCCGCACCAUAAGCGAAGGCGAUUUCGAAGGACUGCAAAGUUUGGACUCGUUGAUAUUGGCCCACAACAUGAUCACCACCGUGCCUGCCAAUGUCUUCAGCCACCUCACCCAGCUGAACUCCUUGGAGCUGGAGGGCAACAAGAUCAGUUCGCUUGACAAGGACGCCUUCAAGGGUCUGGAAGAGAAUCUGCAGUAUCUGCGUCUGGGCGACAAUCAAAUCCACUCCAUUCCCAGCGAGGCUUUGCGUCCGUUGCAUCGCCUCCGCCACUUGGAUUUGCGCAAUAACAACAUUAAUGUCUUGGCCGAGGAUGCCUUCACUGGAUUCGGGGACUCUCUUACUUUCCUCAAUUUGCAGAAGAAUGACAUCAAGGUUCUGCCGAGUCUUCUGUUCGAGAACCUCAACUCGCUGGAGACGCUGAACCUGCAGAACAACAAGCUGCAGCGCAUUCCGCAGGACAUAAUGGAGCCGGUCAUCGACACGCUCCGCAUCAUCGACAUAACCGAUAACCCGCUGAACUGCUCCUGCGAGCUGACCUGGUUCCCCAAGCUGCUGGAGGACCUGAAGAACAAGGACGACGAAAUGUCGCAGAAGAAGAAGCCGCUGUGCCACAUGUCGCUGGACAACCGCGAGUACUUCGUGCAGGCCAUGCCCACCGAGAAGAUGCACUGCGCCGGCCUCAAUGUGAGUCCCUCGCCCACCAGCGGCGGGCUGAUGCGGAUCCUGCAAGUGAACAUCCUGGCCCAGAUUGCCGUGUGUAGCGUGGCCUUUCUGACUAGCGUCUAAGCCGCAUCUGUCCAGCUAGACGCGAUGUUCUGUGUGGGUCAGUUUCAGCUUCAGUUCAGUUUCAGUUUCAGUUCCACCUCAAGACUCAGUGAUCGGUGAUCCGGUGAUCGGUGAUCAGUGAUAGAAAACGGUGCGGUCGCCAGCCCAGUUCAAUUCGGUUUGAUUCGGUUAACAAAGCCACAAAGAUCCCCCAAAAACAAAAAGAACGCCACUAGACCCCAGAUCACAGACCCUCGUACGUCUACAAACCAUUUCUGUGUUUGUAUUGUAUUGUAUGUUUUCUUAUAGAUCAUAGAGAGUCCGUGAGUUAUGCAGCUCUGCCAGUAAUUAGACUCUGAGAAAGCCGACACCCAAUCGCAAUCACCUUGUUGAAUUGACGCACCUGCAGCGGCAGUGGCAGUGGCAGCGGCAGCAGCACCACCCCAACCAACCAACCAACCAACCAACCAACCACCCAAUCCAAUCCACUCCAGACUUGCACAGUAGCUCGACUCGAAGGGAAGGCUGGCCGAGAUGGGCCAGCGGGAGGAGAUUCGUAUUCGUAUUAGAUGUAAGGCUUGAUUCAGGCACCAGUGCACCUGCGGAGGGAAAUCCAAACCAAAUCAAAUGAAAGCAAACCAAACCAAACCAAACCGAAACCCAAAACAUAUCAGAAUAUUGUUACGUUUAAGCGAGGGAAUUCGUUGUUAUACGCGUUAAUCAGUACAAUGUACGAGGCACAAUACUGCGUACAAUUUACAGUGUACAAUGUGUUGUAAGGAUAAAGGAUACCCGUUUACUAUGUGUAGUCUAUCGUCUAUCGUCGUCUUGUCGUCGGUGUUGUGAGAUACAAUCAUUACUAACGCGUUUCGUAGCCCCCGUCACCAGUCACCAGUUUCCAGCCCUUCUGCACCCCAGAGCAAUCCAACCUACAAAUUUAAGGCUCAGCGAGUUUAUCCGUGCACCAGGCUUAUCCUCUCAACUGUUACCAAUUGCGGCUCCACUUUGGGGGCCAGAGGCAAGGCGAAACGGGGGAAGACACAAGAGAACACGUCAUUUGCAUCAAUCACCAAGAACUGAUUAUGGAAUAAGUAGUUUGUACUCUUUAUUUGCCACGAAGAAGGGGCAAGUACUCCCAAUCCCGAUCCCGUUCCCAGUAUCCAGUAUCCAGUAUCCAGUAUCCAGUAACCAGUAUCCAUUACCAUUACGAAAAUGAGAAAUGAAAAAUGCAUAUCGUUAAAUUGUUAUUAUAUCGUGACAUAUCAAGAGCUCCCAGUAGUAAGACACUCGGAUGGCUCGACACACUGCUAAGAUAGAGACAUUUUAUAGAAUUUACUUACAUUUUUGAGGCAUCUGGCAAGUUUGAUAUUUACGCAGGAAGCGAGUUAAGCAAAUGUAUAUGCAGAGUGGAAUUUUUGAAAUUUUUUAUACAUAUACUUUUAUACACUCAUACGUACGUACCUUUUCAAUUAUGUCUAUGCAAACUAAGUUGUAACUCGAUUAGCGAUUGACACAGGACACUCCGAUCCGCCCGCUUCCGCCUCCGCUCCCCAUUCCCGAUCCUCCCCCUCCGAUCCCCCGCCCGAUCGACCGGUGGCUUGGGUCAGUAGCCACCCACUGGUGGGCGGCGGAACGAAGGGGUCGGAGCGAAGGGAGCGGUCGCGGUCGCGGUACCGGAAAUAUUUUCUAGAGAACUCGCCGCAGCCCCGAUUCGGGUCAGUUUCCUUUGGCUAGAGCUGUUCUCUUCGAAAUAUUGCUAACAACAGAACCCCAUCGAAAGCUGGGCAUGCAAACAAUGCUCUCCAUGUGAGCAGUAGCUCCCCCACGGGAACACCGAUAAUCUAACUAAUAAAGAAUCCAUGUUGGUUACAAAUGCAAGCAA